UCAACAACUAUUAAUCUAACAAAUAACGUCUAAUAUACAAAUAAAAAUUACCACCCAAUGAACAAACUUUCAACACCUUUGAUAAUUUAAGUUAUACUUCAUUUUAAUAAGGAAUUUCUCCAAGGAUUUAGUUUUAUAAUAGCUUGAAGUGCUCGUUUGAUCCCCGCCAAAACUCUCACAGAUAAAUAUAAAAAAAGUCUCAAUAACUUAUUAUAAAUAAUUCGUAAUAUAACCCGUUGCUUAGAGUUAUUAAUGGAAAUUUGUGAGGGUAAAAGGGUUCGGAAAGCUGUGAAUUAUGCUGAAGUCUUAUGCGAAUCCCAAGAUGAUGAUGAUUUUGCUGAUUUUUCUCCUCCUCCAAAAAAAAUACAAGAGGAGAAAUUAAAGCAAGCAAAUGAAGACAGAGAAAAGAGAGUGAAUGGCCAUUAUAGUGAUAAAGAAAAAGACAACAGGGACAAUAAAGAAAACAAACAUGACAGAGAUAAAUAUAGAGAACAGGACAGGGAAAAAAGUGAUAAAGAUAGAAGCAGAGAUAAAAAUGACAAGGCUAAGGAUAGAGAUAAGCACAGAAGAGAGGAUAAAUAUGGAGAUAAGAAUAGAAAAGAUAAAGACAGUGAAAGAAAGGAUGAGAGUAGAUCAAAACUGGAUAGAAAAGGGGAGAAUAAGGAGAGGACACAUAGUGAAGUUAAGAAACGGGAUUCAGAUAGGGGAAGAGAAGAUAAGAGCGGACUAUAUAAUAAAAGUUCACUUUCACCCAUAUCAGCCAGUCACACUUUGACUUCCAUUCAAAAAUCCCCAAAUAAAACAACUAAGCCUAGGCUGACCAUUGAGGAAAAACUUUUUCAAAGGGAAUUGGAAGCUGCCAUUGCAAUAUCAAGACUUGCUGCUGGAGAUGUAGCUGAUUUUAAGACUCAACCAGAUCAAAGAAAAACAAGAGUAGACAAAGAAGUAACAUACAGAACAGAUGCUCCCACCUGUACUACACUGCCUGGCUCAGAAAGCUCUCCAAGACCAAUUCACAGCACAUCACAGCUUAGCAGCUCACUCCAAAACCAGGAGGCUAAUGAAAGAAACAAAGUGUGUUCACUUUCUCCUCGCAACGAAUCAACUAAUGCAAAAGCUGAUACAGCUGGAGAAAUAACAAGCAUGGACUUGCUUGAGUUGAAGAGGCUUGAGAGUAAUGCAGGCAGCAAAAAUGAAAAUUCCCAACCCAGCACAUCUACCGGUAUUACCAGCAAAAGGCAGAGGAAAACCGUGGUAUUCAAAGAAGAUACUGACUCGGAUAGUUUUGACGGAUUCAGCAUAGAUGCUGAUCCUGACUCAGACUUUUCAGAAGGAAGUGAUUUUGCAUUAUCUCCUAAGAAGAAAAAGAAGAAGAAAAAUAAAGAGAAAAAACAAUUGAAGAAUAGUAAAUCAAAGUCACCCAAACCUAUACAAAUACCUACUCCUAUCGAGACGGUGACAUCAUCUGCGAUCGAGAACAAUGAUCUGAAAAAUUUGUCUUCCCUGUCAGUUCCUCCAAGCCCUACUAUAACUUCACUUAGAAGCCCCUACAAUGUGACUCCUUGCAGCCCCCUCAUUGUUCAAAAGGGAAAACCAACUAGCUAA